GGUCCCCCGUCAACAAGGCUAAAAUAAACUGCAGGCAGGCAGAGCAAGUGGUUUGUUUUUUCUUUUUUUUUUUGAGGAGGUGGUAUGAAUUCCACUCAAGCGCCAAGUAGAGUUUAUAAAGAUGUCCCCGUCUGGAUAGUGGAAGAUCAUCAUGAUGUGCUACCUCACAUCUAUCGCGCCAUUGGCUCCAGACAUUUACCUAUAAAGAACAUUAAAAUGAUCCAUUUAGAUUCCCACCCCGACCUGCUUAUUCCUGUCAACAUGCCUGCUGACACCGUGUUCGACAAAGAAGAGCUGUUUAGUGAGCUAAGUAUUGAGAAUUGGAUUAUGCCCAUGGUGUAUGCAGGGCAUUUAUCUAAUGUCCUAUGGCUUCACCCUUCCUGGGCACAACAGAUUACAGAGGGGGAGCACAAUAUGUCGGUUGGGAAGGAUUCCUCUACAACAACAAUCAGGGUGACGAGUAAAGAUGAUUAUUUUUUAAGCGAUGGGCUCUAUGUCCCUGAAGAUCAGCUAGAAAAUAAGAAGCCUUUACAGCUGCAUGUUGUCAGAGUUAUCCCAGUGGAAAAUGCUUGGAAGCAAGAGGAGGAAACCGUGGAGUGCGCUGCUAAAAGACCUAAAUUACAGCCUUCGGGUGGGCUGGAUGAAGUUGAGUCCUUGGCAAAGAAGACACCUGCAGACAUGAGUGUGGAACCAGCAGGGGGCAGCAAGUCCACCACAAGUAGCAGUGGCCAUGGAGAAAUAGCACAGCCCAGCAGAGGAUCUUCUACCAGCUGCCUUUCAAAAAUCAAACUGGACUCGGAAACAGACCCCGUGAAACGAAUCCUCCCAGUUAUCCAGCAAACAGAUGCUUACAUUCUGGAUAUUGACCUGGAUUUCUUUUCAUGCAAGAACCCCUUCAAGGAAAUGUAUACCCAGGAGGAAUACUGUAUUCUGCAAGAGCUGUAUAGUUUCCAGAAACCUUGUGAAGACCCAGAUGAGGAUGAAUUGCUGGACUGUGUGGAAAGAAGAGUCCAUCAGCUCGAAGACCUUGAGGCAGCUUUUGCGGACUUUGUUGAAGACGACAGUGAGGAAACCUUGAACAGAUGGGCGGACAACCCUGGAAUGAAACCUCUUGUUAAACUCAUACAUAGCCUGCGAAAUCGAAUGGGAUCCCCUGACUAUGAAAUGGUUCACCAGGCAGGUCUGACGUGUGAUUUUUCAGAGCUGCCACACCAUAUUAGCACUGACAAAGAGAUUGAUGGACUGAUAGAGGCUGUAAACCUUAUACUAAAAAUGCUGCCAAAGCCAACACUCAUAACCAUUUCAAGAUCCAGUAUGGAUGACUAUUGUCCUGCUGAACAAGUGGACUCCAUCCAAAGCAGAGUACUUAGCAUGCUUAAGUCCUUGUAUGGCUCUCUAGACAUUCAUAAUGAGUACUAAAUAGAAGCUGACACAUCAGAACAGCUAUCAUGAAAAGCAUGUCUUAAAAAGCAGAUUGGUAUACUACAGUGUGAGACUAUUGCAGGCUAGCUGUUCUGUUCUGGUAUUCACAUGUCUUGCUUUCAUCCAAAACUAGGAGUGACUUGAAUUCUGUAAGAAAACUGCCCAUGUAAUUCAGAAUUACAAUGCAAUUGUCAGAGAACUAUAACAGUGCUUUUUACAUGAAUACACUAAGCUUUUUAUUACUGACUGAAAAGGGGUUUAAGGUGUUUUAAAUAAGGGCAGAAAUGCCAAAAGUACAUAAUGAAGUUCAAGGAUUUAUUUAAAUGAAUUAGAUUUUUUAUCUGUUUCAUUUGCCUUAUUUGAAUUGUGAUUGUACAUGGUCUGUCAAUGGAAAUCUGAUGAAUUGUAAGUUAUUCCAGAACACAAAUAGGUACGAACUAGAAAUAGCCUUGAAAUGGAAAUAAAGCAUAGGUUAAGAAAUGUAAUUAUACCAGACACAGUAUGGACAUUUAGUCAUGUUUGUUAUUUACAGUUUCCUUUGUGUGCCUUAUUUAUACCCAAUAGUAAACAAGGAGCUAAAGGUCAAAUGUAUUUUGUCAGUGGUAUGAGACAAAAAUAUAACUAUUAAUCAAAAUAUAAAUGUAAAAUCUCAAAAAAUAUAUAGAUCUUUAUAUAUCUAAUGGUUUUCAACCCAGCACACAAAACAACAAAUACAGUGGGCACGGACAUUUUAUGGCAUAUAAAAAGAAAAAAAGGACCUGUAUAAUUUAAGAUAAGUAAUGCAAAUGUUUCUACUUAGUAAUUUGCAAUACUUUCACACUUUUGAACAACAUGAGACAAAAACAUAAAUUACACAUCAAUCAGAUAACACGUUAUUAAUGAUGAUCAAAGACUGCCAUGUUUGAUAAUCCAUGUAGAUUUUGGAUGCUAAUUAGGUUAUUAUCUCUCUUCAGUAGUUUGUGGUAAUGCUAAAGAUUAUGUAGGAUUUUCACCUCUUUUAUCAGUUAUUUUUAGAAAUGAAUGAUUUGACUUCAUCCAUUCUUUAGAGUUUUUUUUUGAAUGAUUGACGUAUUAUUGUCAGCACCUGUUUUUCAGCAAUUUCCUAAUCUCAUGUUUGAGAUGAAGCUCAAGUUUUCUUCAUUCAUUUCCUGUUUUUAAUUACAGUUGUAUGCAUAAAACAGUGAAGAAAAUUAAAACGCUGUUUGCUUUCUUUUUACAGAAACACAGAAUCCUCUUUCUUUUAAAUUUGAAAGCAUAUUAUAAUUAUGCUUUGAAAACCAAUAGUAAUUUACCUUGGGUUCAUAUAUUUGCUACAUGAGAUCUGAUCACUCCCAUCUGAACAUUGAAUAGCAAUUGAAUGAGCUGGAAAGAAGCAAUAAAUCUGAUUUUCCUCAGGUGUCUCUCAAUCCACAUAAUAUUUUUGUCUGUGUUGAAGAUGCUCUGCUCUGUUGAACUGGCAUGUCUCCACUACCUUCUCUAAAUCCAAUUUCCACUUUACUUUCCUUGGGAUUAAUGGAAUAUACAACAUGCUAGAAAAGAUUAACUUUUAUAGUAGAUGAGUAGAUCAUUCUCUAAAUAUUUGUCAAGGACAGUAUUUAAAUAUAAAAAAAUAUAAAGGCAUUGUGAUAUCUGGGAAUGUUAUUCUUAAUUAAUUCUGACCCCUUUCACAUUAAAAAGCUGUGCUGUCUACCGAGAAGUACUGUAUAAAAAAAGAAUUCCAAAAAUUGUCUAAUUAUGAGAAAGUGUGGAACAAAUUUGUCAGAGUAUUGAGUUACAGAAGCUUAUUGCUCUUGUCUCAGACGUGGUUAUUAUGAAACCCACUGCUUGAAUGAUUCAGAGAUUGCCUAAUGCGUGCAAAAUUUCUAAGGUAAAAGAAAGAUGUCUUAAUCAGAUUUUUCACAUAUGGUUCAAAAGACAGGAGAGGAUCGAGUGUGACUCCCAGACUUCUGACUAAGGCUGACAUGUGAAUGGGGAAGCUAUCCACCAUUACUGUGAAAUUCUUAAGUAUAUCCAGGUGGGAUUUGCUGCCAACCAGUACAAUUUCGGUUUUGUCACUAUUUAGCCUCAGGGAAUUUGAUGUCAACCAGAGUUUGAUGUCACACAAACAAGAGAGAUAAGUGACGGAAGUGGAAGACCAGAGGGGGACGAACUUUAAACAUAAGUAUCAUUGCAUAGCCGUGAAACUGAAGUCCAUGUUUCCAUAUAAUUUGGCCGAGAGUUAGCAUAUCAAUGAAUAAAAAGUAGAGGACCCAGGACUGAACCCUGAGUCACACCAUGAUUGACUGGGGUCAUGGGAGAUUUAUGAGAACCAAAUGAGACAAAAUGCUGCCUGCCAGUCAGAUAAGAACAGAACCAGUUAAAGACAGCACCACAAGCGACUAAGCAACACUAAAUAAAUGAUUUAUUGUAUCAAAAAUACUGUCUGGCUUUUAUGAAUUCAUGGCAUUUUUGCAAAAGUUUCCAUGUAUUAGUGUGCCACAUUAUUUUACAACUACUGCAUGUUGCAAGUACAAAAUAUACAUAAUUCAUUUUUUAACCUCAUUUCUUGACGUUAAAAGUUUGAAAAACAUUUUUUUUAUAUCUGUUCAAUGGUAUGUCAGCCAUAAAAACCACUUACACAGUAAUUCAUUGCUGGAUCAUUGUUGGAACUGCUGUAACAAUACUGACCACAGUACUAUAGAGAAGAACCACUGCAUUCUAACAGAAACCAUCAGAGACCAAUUCUCUUGUAGUUACCAUAACAUCUGUGAGAGAAACCACUUCACUUGUACAUCCCAAUGGGAAAGUGAGAAAUUCACAGUUCCCAAUUCAAUAGGUGGAAACCAUUAUGUAAUUCAAUGUUGUUGUUUUUUUAGCAGGAUGAUAAUAUGCUGCUACACCCCAAUUUUCUGUAAACAGGGAAAAUAACGCUUUUCAAGUUUGACAGAAUGCUUUGCAGACCAAAUUACAAAUAUCUCAUGAAACAACACUGCAAUUCAGACAGAAUGCCAGGGUAUUCAAAGUUACAAAGUAACUGAAGUACCAGCUUCCUCGGAGAUUCCAGAUGGAGUGGUUGUUUCUUUGCUAUGGUCAUCUGUUCCAAACAUACAAGUCCAAACUCUGAUUUUAAAUAGUCAAAACCAGAAAAAUAUAAUUAUACAAAUUACGGAAACAUCCACUUUCAGGAAUCUGAACAAUUUGAUAUGCUCAGCACAUUUGAAAUUAAGCCCCAAAUAGCAGUCAUUAACUUUGCAAAACAGUUCAUUCAUUCCUUAGAAUAUGUAUUACAUUUUAUAGUGCCUAGUGGGAUAGUUAUGUUAAGGUUCAGUGGCGGAAACACCAGCAAAGAGUGUUCAGCUGUAAUCAUACUUUUUCUGUUAAUGCAAGUUAAAAAUUAAGUAACUAAUCAAAAACAAACAUUGCCACUUGUAAUUAAUUCAACUAUUGGCAUAUUGAAUUCCUAACUGAAGUCUAUCAAGAAAGCUGAACAAUAUUGUCAUCUUGUCUGGGUUAAAUCUUCAACAAUAUUCCUUUUAUCUCUCUUCUCUCUUAAAACUCCUAACCAACUGGUAAGGAGUUCAGCCAAAUUCAUUGGUAAUCCUCUUACUGAAAAAAGUUAACCCAUGGAAAACAUAAGGUUUUUUUGACUCUAAUAAUAAUAAACUUUAUUUAAUAUAGUGCCUAUAUACAGUAGUAGCUUCUCAAAGUGCUUUACAGGAACAGUAAAAACAAAUAUAGAUAUAUAUAUAGUGAUAUUUAUGUACUGGAGCUAUAGCAGUAAUGGAAAAGGAUUUUUUUUCAAUGUAUCACUGACCAGAAUGUCCUCUGGCUGUACCACUAUCAUUCUAGUGGCAAAGGAAAUCCCCACAUCAGGCUGUCAUACAGUACAGUACAGUACUGUAGCUUCACUGAUUCUCUUAAACAACACAACAAUCAACUUGACCUCAUCACACAUCAUCUUCCAUAAGGUUAGGGUAGAAAGGCAUUAAUCGGUAAAAAAAUCUUCACGUUUCUGGCUUUUCCCUCCCAAAAUGCUUUCUCACUCACAGUUUGUUUUUCAGCUGUCACCAUUACCCAAGCAUACUACUUUGGAGAGCAUACUACAGUCCUCCAUCCUGCUCAUGUGCUGCUUAUUUCUGCCAGGAAUUACUUAUACUGUAGACACUGCGAGUGAUUAUGCAUAGAGAUCAGAAGGAUGGAACAGUCCUGGAAAAAUGUUGUGAAUAAUUACUUCUGCACAUUCUUAAUGAACUCAUUUUGGAAUUUUUUGUGCAUCUCUGCAUAAAGAUGUAUACAGUGUACAAAUGAAAUAUUUACUUUAUAUUAAACUGUAGGAAAAUUAAAAGUUUAAAUGUACAGUACAAGUACAGUAUGUGCUUUUAAUGUCUAGAUGUACUAUCUGUUGAAGGUCUGUUUUAAAAGUAGAGCAAUCAUUUAUUUACAUUUGCAAGCCCUACAGCUGUUUCUCAACAGAAGAGUUAUUUCUUUCCUUUUUUCAGUUUUCAGCAGACUGUGAUUCUAGUUUCUUUUGAUGUAGUAUCAUAGCAACGUGAAGAAUUCAGAAUGAACAAUGUAACUUGCAUCAGUAGAAGCACUACUGAAGAAGGCACAGUUAUUUUAAUAGUGUACCUAUUUAUUGACUAACAAGUCAACAAAGAAUUCAGCAAUUAAAAUAUAAUGAAUGAGUAUAAU